AAUGAAACAAAUUGUUACAUGCUUUCUAAAAAAAAUGGUCGAAGUUGAAGUCAUGGACUCGAAAUUCUUCUAAAUUCCCAACUAUUUGACUUAUAUAUACUUUUGUAUAGAAUGAAUUAGUGUUUUAUUGCUUAAUUAGUUAUUACAAGAUGUCUCAGACAAAGAGAGCAUGGAAACUGCAGGAGUUUGUAGCCCAUGGUGCAAAUGUGAACUGUUUGGCAAUGGGUCACAAGACAGGCCGAGUGAUGGUGACAGGAGGUGAGGACAGGAAGGUCAACCUGUGGACGGCUGGAAAACCAAACUGUAUCAUGAAAACAGAGGAAUCAAUUGGAGAUUUUACCUCCAUGAUGAGCCUGGCUGGUCACACAACACCUGUAGAUUCUGUGAGGUUUGGACACAAUGAGGAAAUGGUUGUGGCUGGCUCUAUGUCCGGAGCGCUUAAAAUAUGGAACCUUGAGGAGGCCAAAAUAUUAAGAACAUUGACAGGACAUAAAUCAAGUGUAAAGAGUUUAGACUUCCAUCCAUAUGGUGACUAUGCUGCAUCGGGAUCACAAGAUAGUACUAUAAAGUUAUGGGAUAUACGUCGUAAAGGUUGUAUAUAUACAUACAAGGGUCAUACAAAUCCUGUGAACACGUUGAGGUUCAGUCCAGAUGGGAAGUGGAUAGCUUCAGGUGGGGAGGAUGGACUGGUUAAGAUUUGGGAUUUGACUGCUGGCAAGCUAUUGACAGAUAUGCGAUUACAUACUGCUGGUGUUAAUGUGAUAGAAUUCCAUCCUAAUGAGUUACUACUGGCAUCUGGUAGCUCAGACAAAACAGUAAAAUUUUGGGACUUAGAAACAUUCCAGCUGAUUUGCACAACAGAUACAGAUGCCAGCCCCAUCAGGUGUUUAUACUUUCACCCGGAUGGUACCUGUGUUUACUCUGGCGUUAAAGAUUUCCUGAAAGUGUAUGGCUGGGAACCAACACAGUGUUAUGACUCUGUACCUAUUACUUGGGGAGAAGUGGCAGACAUGAGCCUAGCUCAGAAUCAGCUUAUUGGUGCUUCAUUUUCCAAGACUAAUGUCUCAACAUUUGUAAUAGAUCUGAAAAGAAUACAACCACAUGGUGGAGUGCCGCAUCAAGAAGGAGGUCAACAACUAUCCAGUAGUCACGGCAGGAGAAGCUUUUUGACAGAAAGGCCACCCACACAGUCAAGUAGACAAGCAAGUGUACCGAAAGAAGAUGAGAAUGAACCAACGAGUACUAGUCCUGAUCAGGAAGAUAGAGAAUCUGUAGCUGAUAUAAGAGAUCCUGAAGACUUUAAAGAAAUAUUUCAACCUAAACAUAGAAUAGAUAGAUCACCAACAAGAAAGAUGGAACCAUUCCAACCUCCAAGUGAUGAUGAGCCUGUUAAACAACCAGCACCAAAAGCCAAACCAGCAACCACUCAAGCAAAGAUAACCAAGCGUGAGCUUCCACAGACGCGCCAGCCGGAUCCACCUGCACCAAGGCAACAGCAACCACCGCGACAGCCUGAGCCAGCACGGCAACCAGACCCAACUCCGAGGGUACCGGAACAGGAUAUGAGAGCGAAACCUUCUAAACAAACGGUUCAUGUGCCUCCAACACGACGGCAACCAUCCCCACCACCAGGUGACGGAGGUGUAAAUCCUGAAGACUUUUUACCUCCUGAAGUUGCAAACCAAGGGCAAGCUCAGAAUCUGUCUGAAGACGCAAGUUUAGACAUGAUAGUCAAGGGCCAUAACACCAUGUUAUCUGUAUUGUCAAGUAGGAGUAAAAGUUUACAAACAGUUAGGGUCAUGUGGACUUCAGGAAAUACCAAAACUGCUAUAGAUUCAGCAAUAAGUAUGAAUGACAAAGGUGUGAUAGUUGACGUUCUUAAUGUUCUUAAUGCCAAAUCUGGGUUAUGGAAUCUGGAUAUAUCUGCCAGUUUACUACCACAUAUAAGAGAUCUGAUUGCACAUAAAUACGAGGAGUAUGUAAUGAUUGCCUGUGAGUCGCUGAAGAUAAUACUGAAGAACUUUGGGCCUCUGAUCAAAGCAAACCUGACUGCACCGCCAAGCUACGGUGUGGAUCUCUCUAGAGAAGAAAGGUACAGAAAAUGCAAUGGAUGUUAUAAACAUUUAAUGGACAUUCGAACUGUCGUCGACAAAAAAUCAUCGAUAUCAGGGAAAGUUGGACAUACUUUUAGACAGCUUCAAAUUUUACUAGGAUCUUUAGAUUGAACGCUCGUAUUUCUCUCUCGUCUUUACCAGCUUAGGCUACAUUGUCUCGAUGGCAUUAGAAUUGAUCUGUCUUGUGAAGGAAUUUAUAGAUGUGCAGUGCGGAUUUUCAUGUUCUAAUGAAAAACGGUUGAAAUGGCUGUGUGAUAUCAUAUAUUAUACAGGGUGGAUUUUGACAGCUGCUUCUGAGGAAAUUAUAUGCAAUAAAAUAUUGUGAUAUAACUGUAUUCUAUAAUUCUAGUGCUAAAUAUAUACAAGGUGUUAAGUGUCACUGGAAUGUGAUAAAAACCUUUAAGUAAAUAACCAAGUUAUAUAAAAAAGAUGUGAUAAAUAUAACCUGUAAAAGAUGGAAAUAAGUACCGGGUAUUAAUAGAGGAAAUUUAAACUGGUUACAGUAGAAAGAUUGUCAAGAUAUGAGUAUUGCUAAAGGAGGACAUUCUUUUCCUGUAGUCAUCGAAAGUGUUUUAUAUAUUUAUACUGGCAGUUUCAGCGCUAUUCUCAAUAGUACUGUUUUUAUUGAUCAGCACUUGUAUGAAGUCUAUCUGAAAUAGGCCGAGUUACAACAUUGGACCACAGUUAACUCUUUUUUUCAAAUUGCUAUGAAUAACAACGUUGGGCCACUGUAAAGUUUGUUUUCAAAUGCUAUGAAUUACAACAUUGGGCACAUUUAACUGUUUUUAAAUUGCUAUGAAUUUCAGCAUAAGGCCUCAGUUAACUCUGUUUUCAUAGUGCUAUGAAUUAAAACAUUGGGCCACAGUUAACUCUGUUCUCAAAUUGCUAUGAAUUACAACAUUGGGCCACAGUUAACUCUGUUUUUAAAUUGCUAUGAAUUGCAACAUCAGGCACAUUUAACUCAGUUUUCAAAUUGCUAUGAAUUACAACAUUGGGCCACAGUUAACUCUGUUUUUAAAUUGCUAUGAAUUGCAACAUCAGGCACAUUUAACUCAGUUUUCAAAUUGCUAUGAAUUACAACAUUUGGCGACAGUAAACUCUGUUUUUAAAUUGCUGUGAAUUACAACAUUGGGCCACAGUAAAGUUUGUUUUCAAAUUGCUAUGAAUUACAACAUUGGGCACAUUUAACUGCUUUCAAAUUGCUAUGAAUUUCAGCAUUAGGCCUCAGUUAACUCUGUUUUCAUAGUGCUAUGAAUUAAAACAUAGAGCCACAGUUAACUCUGUUUUCAAAUUUCUAUGAAUUACAACAUUGGGCCACAGUUAACUCUGUUUUUAAAUUGCUAUGAAUUACAACAUUGGGAACAUUUAACUCUGUUUUCAAAUUGCUAUGAAUUACAACAUUGGACCACAGUUAACUCUGUUUUUAAAUUGCUAUGAAUUGCAACAUUGGGCACAUUUAACUCUGUUUUCAAGUUGCUUUUAAUUUCAAUAUUGGGCCACAGUUAACUCUGUUUUCAAAUUGCUAUGAAUUACAACAUUGGGCCACAGUUAACUCUGUUUUCAUAGUGCUUUGAAUUGCAACAUUGGGCACAUUUAACUAUGUUUUCAAAGUGCUUUGAAUUUCAACAUUGGGCCACAGUUAACUCUGUUUCCAAAUUGCUAUGAAUUACAACAUUGGGUCAGCGUCACCUCUGCUGGAUGACUGAACAUUUGUGACACUGUGAAUAGCAACUAUAGAACAAUUUUUAACAACAUUGUGAAUCACUUUUAAUUGCAGUUUACUGCACUUUAAGCACUAUGAAUAGCCACUGUAGGUAACUGCUUCGCUUAUAUAUCUACCUUUAUAUCACUGAGUUACAGCUGUGGAUCACUGAAUUACAGCUGUGGGCCACUGAAUUACAGCUGUGGAUUACUGUUACAGCUGUGGAUCACUGAAUUACAGCUGUGGAUCACCGAGUUACAGAAUUACAGCUGUGGACCACUGAGUUACAGCUGUGGACCACUGAGUUACAGCUGUGGAUCACAGUUACAAUUGUGGCUCACUGAAUUACAGCUGUGGAGCACUGAAUUACAGCUGUGGACCACUGAAUUGCAUCUUUGGACCACUGAAUUACAGCUGUAAUUACUGCUAACUCUGUGUAAGGAUCACUGUCUGAAUCACUGCUAACAGCAAUUUAUAACACUAUGAAUUACACAUGUGAAACACAGUUCCCUUUGCCUUAAGAUCAAAUGAAUAAUAGAUUGAUCACAUUUAUUUUUAUUUUUUUAUCCUUGAAUUAUGAUUGUCAGUCACUUACAAUACUGCUUGAGAUCCGUUGCAACUGCGGAUAAAUUUUAACUCUGUUUUUCAGCUCAACAAUUCAUUACAACAGUGGAUCACUGUUCAUUCUGUCUUUGGAGCACUAUAUACUGUAUAAUGGUUCACUGAAAUCUGAACGCUAAGUACUGACUUAGAUUAUACUCCAUUCUUUGAUACCUAAUUAGCAUAAUAUUUAAUGAUUAUGACAUUGCCAUAAAUGUUAUUAAAUACUUCAUAGAUUGAUCAUUUUGGUGCUUCAUCAUUUGACAGUUGUACAAAUAUAAAUCGUAGUGUGCACAUUGGUUUUUCUGUACCUUGUGUUAUCAUAUACGUAAUUACAUUGACUUUCAAAUGUGUACAUUCUCAAAUUAUUGCUGUAAUGGUACCUAAGUAAUUAAAUUAUAUUCAUAAUGGUUCUAGUGUUCAAAAGAGGCCAUUUAGAAAGGUACUUGCCAUUGGCCAUGCACAUUAUUCUCUUCUAAUGAAACAACUUAAGGCACCUUCUGACAUUAGAAAUCAUAGUUCUGUUUACUUUUCAUUACAUCAAACUUAACACUUUGAUCUGUAAAUUUUGGAAAUAUUCAUGAGAGUUUAAUUUCCACUAUCACAUUUUUUUGCAAAUUCAGAUAUCCCCCCCCCCCCCCACCACCUGCUUAGCUUAAUAGGGAGAGCGCAGAUCUAUGAUUUGCGGGGUUGUGAGUUGGAUCCCCAGGCGUAUAACUGAAAUACUUUUGAAAAACAGUGUUAAACCCAAAACAAACAAACAAAACAAUUAUUUCACUGAUACAUGUAUUCAGUUUUCAUAACAUUUAUUAUAAAAAAGGUGUCUAGUUAGGAAACCUUGGUAACAUGUAAUGCCAGUAAGUUCUGACACAAUAAAAUCGCAAUAUAGUUUCCGCGUGAACAUUCCCCAGUCUACAGUAUUGUUCUGAUAUUUCUACCACAUAAACCAUUAUUACUACUGUUUUGUUGCUGUGAGCAUUAAUAAACCUUUUGAACUGCUGUCUGAGUAUUUGGAUUGUGGGAGAAAAACAAAUAACAUCAAACCACAAAUGGUUUUGUUACAGUUAUUUUGAUGUUUACAGCAUUUUUAUAGACUGGUUAUUAACAAAUAUUGCUUCUCUUUUUUUCUGUUUGUGCAAGUUGUCAUGUUUGAAAGGAACAAAAUUGUUGAAUUCUUUUAAUUUCUUUUUUCUCACAUAAAUGUAAUAGUUUUUUUUAGUCUGUUCUUUCAUUUCAAAUUCUUCAAUAUGGUCUUUUUGAAAAUUAUCAUAGUUCAGAAAUAUAUAAUGGCCCUUCUUUCUCUUUUUGGUGAAUGGGGCCAGAGCUGUCAAAGAAUGGAAUGGCAUACUUGUAGGAAAAAUGGAAAUUGUUUACCAAAGCAAUUUUUAGCUCAACUUUUCGAAGAAAAAGUAGAGCUAUUGCACUCACCCCGUUGUCAGUGUCGCCGUUGGUUAAAGUCAAAUAUCUCUGUUACUAUCAAAGCUAUUGACUUGAAACUUAAAAUAGUUAUGUUCUAUCAAAGUCUACUUCAGGAGUAACAAUCUUCAUAACUCUGAUUUGAAUUUUGACAGAAUUAUGCCCCUUUUUAACUUAAGAAUUUUUUAUUAAAAUUUUUGAUAAAGUCAGAAAUCUCUGUUACUAUCAAAGCUAUUGACUUGAAACUUAAAAUAGUUAUUUAUUAUCAAAGUCUACACCAGGAGAGAGACACAGUUCCCAUAACUCUAAUUUGAAUUUUGACAGAAUUAUGCCCCUUUUUUAUCUCUGUUACUGUCAAAGCUUUUGACUUGAAACUUAAAAUACUUAUUUACCAUUAAAGUCUUCACCAGAAGAAACAAUCCCUAUAACUCUGAUUUGAAUUUUGACAUAAUUAUGCCCCUUUUUAACUUAAGAAUUUUUUAUUAAAAUUUUUGAUAAAGUUAAAUAUCUCUUGUUACUAUUAAAGCUUUUGACUUGAAACUCAAAAUAGUUAUUUACUAUCAAAGUCUACACCAGCAGACACAAUUCCCAUAACUCUGAUUUGAAUUUUGACAGAGUUAUGUCCCUUUUUAACUUGGAAUUUUUUUUACUGGCAAUGCUCUAAUUCAGAGUCAAGCACUGAGGAAAGUCAAGCACACUGUCUUACGGACAGCUCUUGUUAUAGUCACGGGAAUUAGUACUGCUAAAUCCUUUAGGUAUGAUAAAUUAUAUUUUCUCCAAGUCUUUUUCGUACUAAAUGUAGUCCUAGGACAGAAAACAAUUAAUUUUGUCUUUCUUUUAAAACACAAAGUUGAAAGAUUUAUUUUAUGAUAUUUCAUGGGGAUGUGGGAAUUGUAACAAAUUUAAUGUUAAAAUGUGUAUUCCCAGGUGGUGGGGAUGGGGUGGAAUUCAACC